AUGGUUGAUUUGAGUAGAAGAACUUAUGCUUGUAGGAGAUGGGAUCUCACUAGCAUACCAUGCAAGCAUGCCAUAUCUGCAAUCAAUUUCAUGAGGCAGAAACCUGAAGACUAUGUGGAUGCAUGCUACCAGACAAGCACCUACAUGGCCAUUUACUCUAACACUGUGAAACAUGUUAAUAGUAUGGACUUAUGGCUCCCUUCUGAUGAACCUGCCAUCCUCUCGCCACAAUACAAUAGGCAGCCUGGUAGGCCAAGGACCAAGAGGAUAAAAGAUGCAUCUGAGAAGGAGACUGAUGGUCCUAAGCUUGGAAGGGUUCAAAAAUCACUGAAGAGUAGCAAUUGUUGCAUUUUGGGCCACAAUAAGAAGACUUUCCAUAGGCACCUAUCACCUAAGAUAGCAGCAGCUAAAGGUACCAAGAAGAGAAAGCUCAACAAUGGAGAUGCAUCAACUACUCAACCUUAG